AUGUCAACGCUAGAUCAAGGGAAUGCGCCGACAUCGGCCUCAUUGACCAGCAAACGGAGUCUGCGCAAGCUGGAACGAAGACCUCCUGUCCACGAUGGCUCUCGUGAGGUGGCCGGGGCUCGGGAUCGCCAGGACGCGUACAUCGGUGAAGACCUCUUUGAUGGAAAAGGUCUCGACUUUCUCGACCGCCUCAGUGGUGGGCGUAGUCGAAACAUUCUGGACUAUUUGGCGAUCGAUGUUGAUAACAAAAAUGCUGAUGACAAGGAGAACAGUGACGUGGUCAAUAACAGUGAUGAACGAAAAUUAUACAGCGGUGAGCUCCGUUCCACAAGACACCAGUCGAUCCCAGCUCCGACUGGCGCAGUGAUGAUCAACCCUAACGAGAUCGACUCUGAUCAGUUGGGUCAGAUCGUGGCGGAGGAGGCCGAACGCAAGCAAAAAGCUCGUGCCGAGAAGGAAUUGGCUUGGCAAAAAGUGAGACAGCUUUUAAUUGAGGAAGAGGAGAAAGCUUCGUCGAGCAUCGGCAGUAUAAGCGUGGACUCGUCACGUGGCGAUAAGGACGAAGACAACAUCAACACGGUGAAGCUGCUCGAUUCCUUGGUUAGAUCUGGCGCCGAUGACUUCUCUUACAACCGCAGCGUAUCGUCCGAUGUGGACGCUGCUCCAGUUGUGGAUUCGUCACUUGCUCAGUCUCAAAUGUCGGCAUCGAACAGCAGCACCAGCGCUGAUUCCACCCCAGAGGUGAAGGAGAUGAAGGAGCCAACGUUCGCACGACACAUCGACCGAAUGGGUACCAAGAUUUCAAAGUUCCUGAAUCGCGGACAGGCAUCGGACGACGAAAGCAGCGAUUCACUCAAAUUCCGUCGCUUCCACGAACAUUUUGUUGCUGGCAAAUCGUCCGUUCGAUUGGCGCUGCUAGCGACGCUGGAGCAAGUCACUCGAACUGUUCAAAGAGCGGAACUCUCCGAGGCAUCCAUGGUUCAGAUUUCUGCUCUGUUGACCUCGAUCGACCAGAUCGCUCGCGAGGAUAUGAACAAGAAGAACGGUCAGCAGAAACGAGGGUUUCGACGUCUUUCGAGCUCUCAGUGGCCCAAGACCAGCAACGAUUCCGGUGACCAGGAACCAGCGCCUAAGACACAAUCGGAGAACUUGACGAACUCGUCGAACUCGUCGACGUCAUCAGCAAUCAUUGAGACUUUGCAUGCCCGAGUUGUGCCUACAGCGUUGAACUCGUUCAAGGCUUUCGACGCAGCACAAGACUUGGGUGAUACUCUCGCAGCUUUCAGUAACCUGCUUAAUGACUGCGGUCUCAUCGGUGUCAAAGGGGACGAGCCGUGGCAUGUAUUUUUCCACAUCAAGGCUGCGGUUUACAGCAAGCUGAGCUUCCGCCACAAGCAGCUCUUUAAGUUGAUCGAUGCGCGGUUUAACCUGGAUGUGUACACCAGAAAACAUGCUGCCAGGAAGCGUGUCUGCAUCGUUGGUGCUGGACCAGUUGGCCUCCGUGCUGCAGUCGAAACUGCAUUACUUGGUGGCCAGGUGAUUGUGUUGGAAAAGCGUGAGCACUUCAGUCGCGAAAACAUGCUUCACCUGUGGCCGUGGGUGGUUCAGGACUUGGUCUCUCUUGGUGCAAAGGUCUUUUUCCCGCAGUUUGGCAAGUCGAACUCACAUUUCCACGUCAGUAUGCGGCAGUUGCAGGUUAUCUUACUCAAGAUCGCGCUGCUACUGGGUGUGACAGUGUAUCCAUCCACUGAAUUCGAGUCCAUCGUGUCUCCGGGUCUGGAGGAGAGUGGUGGUUUACCUUUCUACUCUGUAGUGACUCAGCCGCAGAUCCCAACGAUGGAAUUCACAGCAGUGCUGAGUGCUUCCGGAACGAGCGAUAAGCUAGCCAAACCCGCUGGUAUCAAUCGGUUUGUGUACAGCAACAAGGAAUCUCUGGGUAUCGUUUGUUACUUCCCAAACCUCGGAACUUCUGACGAGACCAAAGCCAAGGAGUUCUCGUGGACGGCUCAGCUUAAACACCCGAUGCUCGACAAGUUGCGGGAAUUUGGAUUUGAUCUGGAAAACGUCGUAUACUACCGUGGCGAGAUGCACUACCUGGUGAUGACUCCCAAGCGCCAGAACUUGGUUGACUUUCGUGUUGUGAAUGAAGACCGUCCAAGCACAACAGAUCUGGUUAUGGACGAUAACAUCAACAACAGUGCAUUGCACGAGUUUGUCAAGAGUAUUGUCGACUUCGCUGGUAUCCCGAGAAAAACCGACUUCACACGUGUCAGUUUGUUCGAUUUCAGCUCUCUCACAUGUGCUGACAAGGCUGCGAGUAUCCUCUCGUCACACGGUAAGAAGCUUUACGUCGGUCUCAUUGGUGACUCGUUGCAAGAGCCCGUAUGGCACGAAGGUGUGGGAACCUGUAGUGGUUUCUUGAGUGCCCUUGAUGGUGUGUGGAUGGUGACACAGAUCGGCAGGACGUCCGACGAACAGCUUCUGGAUGACCGCGAAUCCGCGUACCAAGUGACGAUGCGUCUAUCAAGUCACCACCGCGACGACUUGCAGAAGAAUGUGCGCAAGUACACCGUAGAUCCCAGAUCGCGUUACACAGUCUAG